AUGGAAUGGCGCUACAUAGCACCUGGUGCCCCAAACCAAGGAGGCGCAUGGGAACGCAUGGUGCGCUCUGUCAAGACAGCGCUACAAGCAACGCCUCGAGAAAAGGCACCAUCAGACGAAGUGCUAAGAACCCUCCUGACCGAAGCCGAGUAUUCGAUCAAUGCUCGGCCCCUAACGCACGUGAGUGUGGACCCUCGCGACCUCGAGGCCCUCACGCCGAACCAUUUUUUGCUGGGAUCUUCAACGGGUCUACCGAGAACAGGACCCUGUGACGAAGCCGACCGACGAACCUGGCGGACUAGCCAAGCACUCGCAGACCAAUUCUGGAGACGCUGGGUACGGGAGUACUUGCCGACCCUAGUACCGCGAGGAGAACCAGCCAGAAAGAACGACACGUCAAAACUACAAGUCGGCGACAUAGUGGUUGUCGUCGACAGCACGCUACCGAGGAACGUAUGGCCAAUGGGAAGGGUAGAACGUACGUACCCUGGGCCUGACGGCAGCGUACGAGUCGCCGAUGUCAGAACGAAGACCGGCGUCUUCAAAAGGCCAACAUCGAAGCUCGUCGUCCUACUAAAGGAAGAGGAGGCUACGCAAAGCUGCGCCGGGGGGAGAGAUGUUACGGACACCGAGCUACAUACUCAGCGCCCCGCGCCCCAAACGAGACCGCGUCGCCGCUCCCCGCACCCCGCAUCCCGCUCACAGCGUCGUACGGAGUCGCCGCCGCCCCGCACUCCGCGCCGACCGCCUACUCGCCAACCACUGUACUAA